AUGUCCAAGCUCAUCGGUGACGCAAUCGCCGCCGAGGAUGCUAACAAGUGGUAUACCUCCUAUGAGUUUUACCCCCCUCGUAGCGAGAAGGCAGAAGAGAACAUGAUGAAGGUGCUAGUCCCCACUUUUAUGCGUCAGUCGCCAGUCUUCCUCGACGUAACAUGGGGCGCUGGUGGUCGCACGAGUGACACGACGAUGCGCCUCUGCAAAGACCUCCAGCAUGCGUACCCUGGCACGCCCAUUAAUAUGCACAUUACGUGCACCAACACGCCGAAAGGUCUCAUCAAGGAGGCGCUUGACUUUUCGAAGACACAUGGCAUUCGCAACAUCCUCGCCCUCCGCGGCGACCCGCCAUGUGGUGAGGAGUUCCAGGCCGACCCGGAUGGUUUCGUGUGCGCGAGGGAUCUUGUGAGAUACAUUCACGACACGUACGGCGACUACUUCUGCGUGUCGGUCGCUGGCUACCCUGAGGGCCACCCGAGCCGCAUCCCCCAGGACGGCACCAUCUCCGACGAGGACAACCAGAAAGAACUGGAGUACCUCAAGGAAAAGGUAGACGCCGGUGCCAGCUUUAUCAUCACGCAGCUCUUCUACGAUGCCUCCCUGUACGUGAAGUUUGUGAAGCGCUGCCGGGAGAUGGGCAUUACCGUCCCCAUUAUCGCAGGGCUGCUUCCCAUCACUACCUACGCCGGGUUCGUGCGGAUGGUGUCACUGUGCAAGACCAGCAUUCCCAGCGACGUGAAGCAGCGGGUAGAGGAGCUCAAGGAGAACCCUGACGGUCUCAAGGAGUACGGUGUGGAGCAGUGUGUGCAGAUGAUUGAGCGCAUCCGCGCCUCUGGAGUCGACUACCACCACCUCCACUUCUACACGCUCAACAACAGCGCGCAGACCUUCAAGAUCCUAAAGCAGCUAAAUGCGCUGGUGGAGUGA